GCGGCAUAGCGCGGCGGGGGGGGGAAAGGGCCGCGGGAAGGCGGCGGCGGCGGCGGUGGUCUCCACUCAGGCCUGUGCCGGCCCGCUGCUGCUGUUGCCGCCGCCGCCGCUCGGCCGAUGCUCCCGGGGCGCCCGCCAUGGACAAGAUCCUGGAGGGACUGGUGAGCUCGUCGCACCCACUGCCGCUGAAGCGGGUGAUCGUGCGGCGGGUGGUGGAGUCGGCGGAGACGCCGCUGAGCCAGGCGCAGUGCCGCGCCAUGUUCGCCCUCAGCACCCGGCUGGUGCUGCAGGGCCCCGACACCUUCCAGCGGCAGGUGGGGCGGCAGGUGCUGGAGGCCUACGGCCGCUACCACCGCGCCGAGUUCGAGGCCUUCUUCAACCGCGGGCUGGUCCUCGGCCUCCUCCAGAGCGGCUACGGCGAGCUGAGCAACCGCGACCCCGCCAUCCUCGACUACAUCCAGGCGGGACUGCGCCUCAUCAUGAGCUGCCCCUCGGUGCUGGAGCUCUUCGAGCUGCUGCAGGUGGAGGCGCUGCGGCUGGUGUGCGAGCGGCCGGCGCCGCCGCUCUGCGCCCGCCUCUGCCAGCUGCUGGGCGACUUCCCGCAGUGCCUGCCCCGCGGCAAGAAGCUCUCCCUCGCCUUCUGCCAGCAGCUGGUGCGCAGCAUCGCCCACUUCCAGAGCCAGGGCAGCCGGGAGGCCGAGCUGCGCCUCUACGUCUCGCAGGUGACGCAGGUCAGCGGGUUGCUGCGGAGCGUCUGGAAGGCUGAGCCUGACACGCUGCUGCCCUCCCUGCAGGAGCUCUUCGCCGUCAUCUCCGCCGCCGAUACUUCAUUCGAACCUUCAGUUGCAUUGGCAAGUCUUGUGCAGCACAUACCAUUACAGAUGAUUACAGUACUCAUCAGGAGCCUUACUACAGAUCCAAAUGUGAAAGAUGCAAGCAUGACUCAAGCUCUGUGCAGAAUGAUUGAUUGGCUGUCCUGGCCUCUGGCUCAGCAUGUGGAAACAUGGGUGAUUGCACUGCUGAAAGGACUGGCUGCAGUCCAGAAGUUUACCAUCCUCAUUGAUGUCACUCUGCUUAAGAUUGAAUUGGUCUUUAAUCGACUUUGGUUUCCUCUAGUGAGGCCUGGUGCCCUUGCCGUCCUUUCCCACAUGUUACUUAGUUUUCAGCAUUCUCCAGAAGCUUUUCAUUUGAUUGUCCCACAUGUGGUCAGUUUGGUUCACUCCUUCAAAAGAGAUGGCUUACCUUCCAGUACAGCCUUUUUGAUGCAGUUGACUGAGUUGAUACACUGUAUGAUGUACCAUUAUUCAGGAUUUCCAGAGCUCUAUGAACCCAUUCUGGAAGCUGUUAAGGAUAUGCCCAAACCCACUGAAGAGAAGAUUAAGUUGAUUCUCAGUCAGAGUGCCUGGACUUCUCAGUCCAGUUCUUUGCCAUCUUGUUUAUCUAGACUUUCUGGAAAAUCUGAAACUGGGAAGACGGGUCUAAUCAAUCUAGGAAAUACUUGCUACAUGAACAGUGUUAUUCAGGCACUUUUUAUGGCUACAGAUUUCAGAAGAUAUGUUUUAUCUCUGGAUCUAAAUGGGUGUAAUUCACUAAUGAGAAAACUACAGCAUCUUUUUGCAUUUUUGGCCCAUACCCAGAGGGAGGCAUAUGCUCCUAGAAUUUUCUUUGAGGCUUCCAGACCACCAUGGUUCACCCCUCGAUCCCAGCAGGAUUGCUCAGAAUAUCUCAGAUUCCUGCUAGACAGGCUGCAUGAAGAAGAGAGAAUGUUGAAAGCAUUGUCUUCAGCAAAGGCUUCUGAAAGUAUAAUGAAUGAAGAGCCCCAGGCACAAGAAGCUGUCCAUAAAGCACAAGUAUUUACUGAAGCACCUGGUAUGGGAAGUGAAGAAAAAACUCUGAUAGAGAUGAUGUUUGGAGGAAAAUUGAAGACUACUAUAUGCUGUUUGAACUGCAAAAGUAUGUCUCAAAAGGAAGAAGCUUUCACAGAUCUUUCUCUGGCUUUCUGUCCUCCAACUUCCUUGGAGAACGUUGGCCCAAAAUGUACAGAACAUUCUGAAGUGAAAGACGACUACAUGGUGCAAACUAAUACUUCAGCAAGCAGUCCUGCUGGAGAAACAGCUCUCAAUAAUUUGGAAGUGAAUGGUGGAUGUGACACAAUAAUGAAUGAAGGAACCAUAAAAGAUAUUUCUAUUGAGCCAAACUCUGAGAAUACCACAAAUUCGGAACUCAACAAAGUUCAGUUUAAUAGGGAUAUGUCUCAGAGGCUAGUAGGUAAAGACACCCUGUCAGUUACAGACUUACUGAAUUAUUUUCUGGCACCUGAGAUCCUCAGUGGAGACAAUAAGUAUUAUUGUGAAAAGUGUGCCUCUCUUCAGAAUGCGGAGAAAACUAUGCAAAUCAUUGAGGAACCUGAAUACCUCAUUCUCACUCUUUUGAGAUUUUCAUAUGAUCCAAAGUGUCAUAUAAGGCGCAAAAUCUUGGACAAUGUGUCUCUGCCACUUGUUUUGGAACUGCCAGUCAAUAGAGCAGCAUCCCCUGUAGCUGUACUUUCGGGAGGCUGGUCUGUCGGUGUUGAGAUGUCUGACAUCGGAGAAAAUCUUGCUAAAAAACUGAAGCCCUCAGGUGCUGAUGAAGUGACCUGCCCACAAUUGGUGCCCUACACAUUAAGCUCUGUGGUGGUGCAUUCUGGUGUAUCCUCUGAAAGUGGACAUUAUUAUUCAUAUGCUAGAAACGUUACUGGGUCAGGACCUUCAGGGCUUUGCCACCAGUCUACAGCUCUUUCUUUGGUUUCUCCUCAGCAUAAGUUGUUGACAGAGGAGAGUCCUUGUACUGUUCUAGAAAAUGAGCUGGACACUGAGAUGCCAAGAGAAUGGUUUUUGUUCAAUGACAGCAGAGUGACAUUUACCUCAUUUCAGUCGGUCCAGAAAAUUACCAGUAGAUUUCCAAAGGACACUGCUUAUGUUCUGUUUUACAAAAAACAAAAUAGUACCUGUGGCUUCAACACCAAUUUGGCAAAUGGACUCUGGGUAAAUGGAGACCCUCCUCUACAGAAAGACCUCAUGGAUGCAAUCACGAAAGAUAACAAAUUGUACUUGCAGGAGCAAGAGCUUAGUGCUCGAACACAAGCACUUCAAGCUGCCUCGGCCUCCUGCUCCUUCCGACCCAAUGGAUUUGAUGACAACGAUCCCCCAGGAAGUUGUGGACCGACAGGUGGAGGAGGAGGGGGGGGGUUCAGUACUGUUGGUAGAUUAGUCUUUUGACUAUGAAGACAACCUGGAAUACACUGGUUCCAAAGCAGCGCAGUACUGCUGAGGACGACUAAAAUAUUGAACUUUGUCAGAUAUUGUACCAAGUUUUGAGACUUGAUCCUUGUUCAAAAGCAAAUGUUGGGGUUUUUUUGGUUAUGUUUCAUUUGAAAUAAAUAAGCGCAUAAUGGAAAAAAACUACCUCUUAAAAAUUCAGUUGCUUUUAUAGUAAGAUAUGCUUGCCCAAAAGACAGAAAACGGAGAUUUUUAAGUAGUUGCUAAUGACAUUGCAUUAAACCGAACAAACACACUUACAUCAGUCUCUAGUGUCCUCGUCCACUGAAUUGAAACAAGUCCUUUUUUCACUCUGAUGGUAUUGCUUUAUGUGGAAAGCCUUUCAGAUGGGCUAAACCGCAUACGUAGUCUCUCACUCCCACCUUAUUUACAAAUCCAGUACCUUUAUGGAUUUCCAGAGAUGAUGCAAUUUAUAAUGAAGGCAAUAACUUAAAUGUGACAUGAUACAGUACUUUCCAGAUUAAAAAUUGUUCAAUAUUUCCAUUGUAAAUGUAAAGAAAUUAUUUAUAAAUAUUUGCUAAGUUGUUUAAAAAAAAAAAAGUGCAUGUUCUGUAGGAAAAAUGUUUUUAAAUAGGAAUUGUUAACUUUGUAGCAUUUCUAAUUGUUUUGAGGAUUUUAAAAUUAUUUCAGGGAAUAUAUCUGCUGUGUGUUGGAAAAGAAGAGAUUCUGUAUGUGCCUUGCAGCAUAACUUCAAACAACCUUUCCGAGGCUGCAGAAAAGGGGGAAAAUGUGUUAGUAGUCUAUUUUUUUUUUUUUUCUGUCGGUAUUAGAAAUCAGGACGUUUAUAGAAAGCUAUUAGGUUUCUAGAAGUAAAAAUCCGGUAGUUUGAAAUGCAGUAAGUGUGCCCAUUAUUUUUUGAUUAAAAAAAAUACAUACCUAGUGAUCUAUAACUUUCGUGGCCUGCACUGCUAAGAAGAAAGCUGGUCAUAAAUACUGAGCUAUGUUUGUGAAAUCACAGAGAGGCUACCUGUAUUGAUCCUUGCUGAGGAUCUGUGCUUCUAAGAGUCGUUUGAAGUUUUGCCUUCUGAUUUUGCUUGUAGUGAGAAAUUUCUACUGAGCUCAGGUUUUAGCUGUCUGCAGAAGACCACCAAUAAGAUGCUGUCUAUGGAGCAGUGUUUGCUUGCUUGUUAGAUCAGCAGAGGUUGAGGAUCUGCUCUUUUAGUCUUGGCAGAAAUAGCAAUUUUGGUUUUGAUGUGCAAUGAGGAUGACAGAAGUAAAGGAGUUACACUGUUGAAUCUGGUGAUUAAUUCUUAACUUGAAUAAUCUUAUAGUGAAGUGUAAAUUUAUUUAAAGUAUUUUUACAAAAUUCUGCACUGUUUUACUGUGGUUUUAUAUUCUACUAGGUGACAGAGUGCAUCCUUAAAAAGCAUGCAAACCUGGCAGGUGUUAGCUUAACUGUACAAAAUAAACAGAUUUCUUAGAAAAUUACUGGUAUCAAAUAUACAAAGUUUAGUCUGAAAGGUAACUUAGCCUGCAAGCUAUUUUUAUAUUAUCACUAAAACUAUGCUAUUUGCUCUGCUAUACACUCAUCUAUUACUGCUCAAGAAAGCUAGAGCAGCUCACUUUUGUUUUUCAAUAGUUUCCGAGCCUUGUUUUGAGCAUUUGUAGUGCCAUGGCUUUGACCUACGCUUUCAUUGCUAUCUCAAUUGUAGGUCUCUGAACCAGGGGUUUGGCUGCGGAAAUAUGGAGUAUUAUCAGACUAGUGUGAGGAAAGUUCCCAUCUCUUUGUGCUCGGACAAGGUUUUCUUGAAAGCUCACUUAUGCCUGAAAUUCUGUAACUUCCAGUCUAGGAGGGUUUUUAUUUCCUUUCAGGCUUCUCUGCCAGUUAGUUCUGGUUUUAAAAUGUUUUGUAUGACAGGUUAAUUUGGCUUUUCUCUCAAAAAUUAUGAGGACACACUAAAAAGCUGUCUACUGUUUGCAUUACAAUAGGAGUGUUUUGUCCCUCUGUAUCAAUUUACUAUUCAUUUUAAAACACUAGUAAGUAGAAGCAGGGGCAAGUGUUUUUACUCUAUAUGAAAUCAUAAUUCUGUAAAGGUCAGUUUUGUUUUUAUGUUCUCCCAGUAAAAAUACAAAUUAUGUAGCCCAUCUAAAAAUAACAUGCAGUAUGAAUUUUGUAUACCUAUUGUACUAUAUUUAUUUCAUGAGGUCUUAGAAGGAUUUCUGCACCCUUGUUUGCCUGUUCUAAAUUAGGUGUUAAAUACAGAAAUUUUCUAUGAAAGUAAUGCCAAUAAGGUUGGAUCUCCUUAGGCAUAAAAUGAUGGUAUGUCUCAAACUGAAAAUAAUUUUUCUUUCCCCUUGUUGACUUCUGUUGAUGCCGUUACUUUGAGUUUUACAAAAAGAUUUUAAAAUUCAGAAUUUUUGUUUACAAGUUUGCUUCCUGACCUGACAACCGUCGCAGGCAGAUUCAUGCCUAACAUGGGAGGUUUCAAUAAAACUAGUGAAAGUGGAGAAGUAUUUCACACUAACAUGUGCGCCUUUUUUAUUGUUUACAGUAAUGGUUUUGCAUGCACCUAUCUUCUGGACAUAAUAUAGGAGAACAAUGUACAUACGACACUUCGAUUUCUGUUGUCUGUGAAUGAAUGCUGGAUGGUUUGUUUAUUGACCUUUUUGGCUCCAUGCUUAAUUUGUUUUCUAUCUAAAUUGAAUCAGUAGAAAGAUACAAAAUACAUAGUACUGUUUCUGAAGCUUAGGGGUUUUUUUGUUGCUUCUUUUCAUGAAGGAUACACUAUUGUACCAAACUCAAGGGUGGUAUGUCUUUUAAAAUCAUAUUUCCUCUUAACAAUACAGAUUGUGUUUUGGUCUUUC